GGCCGUCCCGGCACCUGAUCCACCGGGAUCCCGCUGGUCAUCCCGGGAGAGGCUGUCCCGGCACCUGAUCCACCGGGAGAGGCUGUCCCGGCACCUGAUCCAUCGAGAUCCCGUCUCUCAGCUCGGGAGGGGCUGUCCCAGUACCUGAUCCACUGACUGGAUCCCGCCGCACAGCCCAAGAGAGGCCGUCCCGGCACCUGAUCCACCGGGAGACGCUGUCCCAUCACCUGAUCCACCGGGAAAGGCUAUCCCAGCACCCGAUCCACCGGGAAAGGCUAUCCCAGCACCCGAUCCACCGGGAAAGGCUAUCCCAGCACCCGAUCCACCGGGAAAGGCUAUCCCAGCACCCGAUCCACCGGGAAAGGCUAUCCCAGCACCCGAUCCAUCGAGAUCCCGUCGCUCAGCCCGGGAGGGGCUGCCUGCCCCGUGAGCCGCUCCGCCCGGGUCGCAGCGGGACAGAUCCCGACCAUGUUCGCGAUUUUGGUGGUGCUGUGUCAACUCCACGUGAUGAUGUUGGCGUUUCCUCACUGCCCUGGGAGAUUAAGUAACUUGAAGCAACCUGAAUGGAAAGAUGUGUUCACAUCUGCUAGGGAGGCCAAUUUAUUCAUUGGACGACAUCUUCUGAACAACAGAUUUGAUUUUGAAGCAUUCACAGCUGAUAAUCUGGAAAGGGAAUGCUAUGAAGAACUGUGCAAUUAUGAAGAAGCAAGAGAAAUUUUUGAAGAUCCAGAAAAAACGAUGGAUUUUUGGAAAGACUAUUCAACUAAAGGUACUAAAAUAAAAAUAGGUGAUGAGGCACUACAGAAGAUCAACGUCACGGGACUGCUCAUCAGCCUGGUUGCUGCUGGAGUGCUGCUGGUUACAAUUACACUGAUUAUCUUCUACUGCUGCAAGAGCAGAUGCAAAUCAAGGCAACCACCAGGGUACUUGGAUUAUGUGAGAAGCAGAAGACGUAAUUCAGCCAACAUCUUCAGGAGGCACGAAGAGUUUUCUUUAAACCCCCUUCCUCUCCGAGCUGAUGAUUCAGGACUACCCACUUAUGAGCAAGCAGUUAAUUCAGAUGGACUACACCAUGUGCCCCCACCCCCUUACCCAGGGCCCCCCAGAAAUGCACGAGUCUUUCAAAAGUCCAUGUCUCUUCCUGGCCCCUAGGCACAAACCUCCUGCUGGGGUCAGGGAGGGGAUCACUGGAACAUAUAACAUACUUUUGAAAAAGUGUGUGCUACCUUGCAUAUUGCAAGAUGAUUUAUAAAAAUGUGAAAGAUCUUUUGGACAACUAGGAACAAGUGAAGUUCCCAUUUGGGAAGAGAGGUCAUGUGUUGGAAAGGCUGCAGGACUGUUCUCUGCACAAAGUCACUGUGCUAAGAGGAGAGAAUGCAUAAAGAGCAACUUCUUGUACUGCUGCCCUCUUCCAUAUGAGCCAUCCCAUCAAGCUAUUGAUGUUUUAUUAAUAAUUUCAUCUUACUUUUUCUUCAGAAAGAACAGUAUUUUAAUUGCUCAUAUUGACACUAAACAUUUUUUGUGACUUUAUACUUAAAAUUACCAUAAGAAGUCUUUGUUGUUUUGACAUAUUCACUUUACUGGGUGAUUUUUCUAUUCAUUCUUGUAAUAGAUUUGAGUGUGAAAAUUAUUCCAUGACUUGACCUUCCAAAUACAUAUAUAUAAAUAUAUAUAGUACUGCUAUUGGAUUACACUGGUUUGUUUUAGACAUUGCUGAUGACAUGCCUUCAUUUGUUGUAUUUUUAUGAUCAUAAUUCUGCAUCAAAAGAAGCAUUCAUUACAUGGUACACUACCAAUUCAGACAAAGUAUGCUUGCAUCAAAUUGUCUUGAUGUUCAACAGUAAAUUCCAGGUCAAGGAGAGCAAAUAGAAUACUGUGGGCCAGAGGAUGUUGAGGAGAAAAAUAGAGAUUUGUCCCUUUUGAAAAGCUACCCAGGUUUCACAGCUAAUGUUUCUUUCAUAGUUUAAAAUCUGAAAAGUAGAGAGAGACAUUUAACUUUCAAACCAAAGCCCAAACUGCCCCCUAGAAGCACUUUAAUAAGUGUGUUGGCACUACAGGGAUGACAAAAUGACCCCUAAAAUAGAAUGAAACAUCAGAUCAAAAAUCAAACAUCAACAACUUUUGGGAGUUAUUGGUGUCAAGACAGUUUCUGUAUUUACAGCUGUAGCCACCAUUAAUUUUACAUCUUAUUAAAAUAUCAACCCCAGCAUUAUGCAGCCUAUAGAUCUUACUGAGCAAAUUGCUGUUCACCACUGGUGUCCCUUGUCCUCCUCACCACAGGAAGCUGUAGCAGAGGGUGUCACAGGAAACAUGUCAGGCUCUUUUCUUGUUUGACAGUGGCUGUAUGGUUAAGGCACACACAAUUCAGUUUUUUAAGAAGAAACAACCCCUCCAUUUUUCCCCCUCAUUGAGUCAAUGCUGACAACAGCAAAUUAUAUUUCAAUUUGGUGCCUACAAUCCACUUUGUAAUAUAAGUUAAAGGAUUAAGGGUUGAGAUGAACAUGUAAUAUUUCACUGAAUCUUACUGUUUUUAGCACACUAGAAGCUACGGUGUUGUUGACUGAGAUGCAGAAGAUUGGUCUGAGAUUUUCAAUCUGUAAAUGUCUUUGUAAUCAUGAAAACACUUCAAAACUUGGAAUCUGGAGAGGGUACACUGACAGUGCUACACAGUGAAGUCUUGCACUUUGAAAAACAAAUGCAAUGCAGUUGAUAGCAGUGCCAUUGAUGUUCCUGUUCACAAAACUUCACCAUGGAAUUUGGCUUUUGGCGAGUCACAAAUCGCUCUCCAGCUUCUUUUUUCGUUGAGAGAUGGGGGAAUCCCCACGUUUGGGGUGUUUCCAUUCACUUUUGCCCUACUUGUAAAAGCAUUUUGAAGUUUUUGAAGUUCUGUAAGACUGAAAUAAAUGAACUGUGCGAGGUCACUAUUAACAAUCAAAAGGUUACAAGAAGCUAUGCAAUAAUAAGCUUGCAAAAACAUUCUCCCAUAUUUCCCUUUCAUUCAGCUAACAGUUUUUAAAUUUUUUAAUUUAAUUAAAAUAAUUUUUUAAUUUCAAGCUGUAGAGCACACUUAUACCUAGAUUUUUCCUGGGAUUCAAAAAUUAUUUACUAAUGGAACUGACAGGAACACUUGCAAGGAAAGGGAUUUCACAGGGCUUGUGAGCAUUCAGAGAUUUUUUAAUAUUACCACAGACAUCUGGCAAAACCACAUUUUAAAUACACUACUGAAAUUGUAUAGAAUCCCAUUCAAUCACUGCAAAUUUGCUUUUUCUACUGUUCCUACAAAUUAUUUGCAAUUGACUCCAUGCAAUACAAGCAAAAAUCUCAUCCUUCAUAAUUAAUCAAA